AUGGCGUUCUUUUCUAUUGUGGCAGUGCUUCAAGUGUUACUAACUGACAUUUUAGCGACCGACAUGACCAGCUGCUGGAAGAUUAACGGUUCUACUUCAAGCAUGACAACGCUUGGCGUCUAUAAUGGAUCAGACUGUGCCGUGGAUGUGACGAUCUUUACAGUAACAGCGUCCUACGUUCCAAAGGAAAAUGUAGCUAUGAGAUGGGGCUUACAACUAAAUGCAGACUCAAGUAACGCCAUGGACGUCCCAAUGCCGCCUAAUGUGAUGGCUACACUUGAUUCUGAUACAACCGUGCAGAUUCUCUCCACUUACGUCCGGACCUGCGUGUCACGCACGCAAUGCAUGUCGAGUAUCACGGACGACAACACGUUUACAACGGCCCAGUCAGGAAAUUUUACAAGUAGUACAGACAUGACGUACUUUGAGGCACUGAACGGUUUAUCUUUUGAAGCAGAAAGAAAUUAUACAGUGGCUGCUGUUGCUGUAUUGGGCAACUCCGACAACACUUUAUUGCUGUACUACUUUCAGAGCUUUACAGAUAUCUUUGUGACGAAACAGGCUCAAGUAGAGGCUGUGAAGUUUGACGGUCACUCGACCUAUUGUCGCGUGACAGCGCAGAGCCCUCGAGACUACCAGCUGCGCGUUGAUGCUCUUCUUGCGAGCAGUGAAAGCUCUGAAGUCGAAGUGAUUAUUGGUGUCAAGAACGUCGUGCAAGCUACUCGCGGUUUCGAUGUUGUGUGGAUUGCCACGCUGUCUCGUAACGUGUCUAAGGAGAUUAUACUGCCUUCACCGCUGAAAGCAAUCUCUUUGGGGGAUGAACAGAAAAAUCAUUACACCGUUGUCAGCUCGCUUGUGAAGAUGUGCGAGCGCGACGUGGGCUGCAACGAAUAUUCGCGCACAGUGACUGUAUCAUCUGCUCAAGUUUACGCAAAUUUUACGUCCGCGAACACGGUAUCAUUUCAUGUCAGCAGAAUUGUCGUUCCGUCAAUAGGUUGGUACACGGGCUUUGCUCAAGUGACGCUGGCGGGAAACGAUGUUACUUUACAGCGAUAUGACUUCAUUAAAUACUUUGAGAUAUUUGCAACCGAAGAAAACGCGGCGGGGCAGAUGGAGAGCGAAAAGCUUGCAAAGAGUGGCAGCGAAUCGUACUGCUGGGGAGUCGGCGCAGGUGCUGACAGCAAGAGUGUUGAUGUUGCCAGUGUUAUGUUCUCGGGGAACAGCAGCAACUGUCCAUAUACGAUAAACAUGACCGCCUCUACUACGACGUUGUCGCUAAAUGCCGAUGUCAUAGUGAGCUGGACUGUUGCACGGCAGGCUGAAAAUACCGUGACAGGUGAGAUGGCUGUAAACGGCACGACGGUUUAUGACGUGCUGACGGAUGAGUACGUAAACCUGCCACAGGGGAAUAUCUACUAUUGCAACGACACAAAGUGCUCGCCAUUUUCGGAAAAGAAGACGUUGAUGUAUUCUGCGCCGGCCACAAACUUCUCUGCGAUAAGUGGUAUGGCUCAGUUUUCGUCAAAAGUCGCUUUUUCUAGUGAAGGAACAUACGCACUUAUGGCGCAUGCUGUAGUACCAAAUGGGGACGACUUCCGGUUUGACGUUGCAUCGCAGAUACGUGUAACCGUCACGGCACCUGCAGUAUUGGCUUCGACUGAGGAAGCUUCACAUUCCAACAUUGUACUUAUCGUUGGCCUCCCACUCGGCUGUGCCGCACUCAUUUGCCUCGUUGUGUUCGGACUUGCAGUCCGUCGACGACGGACAAGACAGAAAGUCGCACAACAGAAGGAACAGCAACAGCGACACAGUUUCUUUGGCUUUCCCCAGUUGUCAAACACCAACGAACUUGCAUCAACGUCGUUCAACUCCGGCCAUGGGUCGGACGAGUCAGGUCACUUUAUGUACAGAAAGGCGCAGCGGUCGCCUCUAGACAUGCCUCGCGCUUCUUCGUUGUCUUACGAUUUGAACUCACGGACAAGUUUUGUUAAAGCUGGGAACGAGGUCUCUGGCUAUAGUUUCAUCUUCUCUGACUCGGAGCUUUCGUAUUCAUCCGGGAAGUGCGUGAUGGACGUGGCCAUGAGUUGCGAGUUGAAUCAUCAUCAAGACGAGGAAAUGGACGAGACGGUCUCGUCUAUACCUACAACUUUCUCAACUCCAUGUCGACGACAAGACAAGACACGUGAUGGAUUUAAAUUUAGCGUCACGCCAGAGUCCUCUCGACAGCGUUUGUCAACGUCUCGAGGUCGUACAGAGACCGCAGGACUAGAAGAAUCACCUGCUAGAUACUCACCUAGUAAAGUAAAAGCAGCCGUGCGUUCUUUUGCCGAUUUUCUGCACUUUCUGGAACAGGAGGAGCACCAACAGGAACAUGCACUUAUGCCAGUAAUUAUUCAAAGAUUUGCAGAGCUUGGAGCGGUAAUUGAGUCUCAAAAGAGACAUAUUGACCGCUGGAAGGGCAAAGAACUAGACUUGGCUAUUGAAGAAGCUCAGCAGAAUCUCGAGCUUAUUCGAGAGCUAGGAGAGACUAUUCAGAAACAGGAGCUGCAGAUUGCGGGAGAUAAAGUGGAAAAGCAAAAGUGGGAGGAAAAGUACCAACUUGCUGCUCAGGAAAUAGAAUCUUUGAAGAAACAAGGCACUUAUCAGAUUCAACAACUACGCUCGGAAGUAUCCAUGUUACGACAAGCGGGAGUGGAUGUGGAAACGAAGCUAAAGGAACGAGAUGUUUCUCUUGAGACUUUACGUAAAAAGAAUGACACAUUACACUCCCAGUUGGAGCGCCUAGAGCACGAUAGCUCGGUUAUUGUGCAGGAAAAUACGACAUUGAAGCAGCAAAGGUCCCACCAGUCGGACGAGAUGCAUACUUUGGAGCAGGAAAUUGAUGAACUGCGUGAGCAUUCUGAAUCUGUAGUAAACAAGGCCACAGAGCUUGAGCAGGAUGUGAAAACGUGGCAAACUAAAUACGAGGAGAAAGAGCAUCGGAAUAAUGAGCUGGAAAACGCGCUUAACCAUAGCAGUCAAAAAUUGGGACAGCGGGAGGACGAUCUGGAGCAUUUAAUGGGCGAAAACCGUAAAUUGCAGGAGCACAUCGAAAGGAUGGCGCAGGAGCACGAGAAGCAUUUAGCUGAGCAACACAAAUACCGAAACGAGGCUGAAGCAGAGCUACAGCGACUUAAUCAAAUACUUCAACAAGAAUCAACGCGAUUCCAGAACCUUAAAAAAGAGGCAGGGGAAAUGCGUGCGCAAAUUGAAGCGCAGGCCAUGUCCGCAAUGAGCCAACGUGAACAGCAAUUGCUAGAUGAAAAGUCUCGACUGGAAGAAGAGCUGCAGCAUCAAUUUGGCAAAAUUAACGAGGAAAACAUUGAAUUAAGAGCAAAGAUAGAGAACCUGAAGGAUACCAAUCGACGCCAAAGCACAGAGAUUGGUCAGCUAAUGGCAUCCUCGCAAGAGCUUAAUCAACAAUAUCAAUCCCGUAACGCGGAUACUCAAAGAAUGCAGCAGCUUACGGAAGAAUUAGCACGUGCAAAGUAUCAGAUCGAGCACCUGGUAAAGGAAACGGCCACCAAGGAUAGUGCGCACGAGGAAACAAUUAAGUCGCAGUCUGCUGACUUCGAGAACCAGUACAACAAUUUCGUCUUCCAAGUAGAGGGACAGCUCGAUGCUUUGACACGAGAGAAUGAGCAGCUGCGAUCGGAUCUAGAUGAGGCAGCGAAGAAGCUGGACAUGUAUGAGGGUAAAUUAUCGGCUCAAGGAAAGGAGCUUGACAAGUGGCGCAAGGAGUGCGAAACACUUCAGCACCAGUUGCAAGACGUUACUCGUGAAUAUGAUUCCCUUAAGCGUGAGCUUGAUCAUAAUGUCUACGAACUUGAGUUGCAAAAGAUGAAGAACGCUGAAGUACGUGCGCAGACUGAGCAUUUCCUGUCCCCUGACAAUGAGUUUAGAAAAGAAGUGAAACUGCUCCAGAGCGAACGUGUGCGCCUGGAAGAGCAGAACCAGGAGCUGCAAAGACAUAUUGAAGCGAUCCGAGUGGAGGCUGACGCAAGACUGAACGAAGCCCAGCAAGUACACAAUCAUUCUCUUGAGCAGGAGGCGGCUCACGAGAAUACAGUUCGCUUGCUAUAUGAGGAAAAGGAAGUGAUAAAUCGCAAUAUGAUGGAUCUAGCUUCGGAGAAAUCAGCGUUAGAAUUUCAAGUUAUGACGGCCAACAAUGACGUUGAAAGAUGGAAGUCAUCUGUACAGCAACUUGAAAAUGAUAAGCGUGGGCUUGAAUUUCGCAUCCAAGAAGUGAUGCGGCAGGCGACUGAGCAGAUUGAAACCCAGAAACAUUCGGCAGCAAUGGCUACUGAGGAUGGUCGAACUCAAUUGCAAACGUUGACAGCCCAUAUGAACGAAGGUCAUCAUCAAGUGCGAAGUCUGCAGGAAACAAUCACAUUGCUGGAAGAGAAGCUUCGGGCUCAACAAUACGAGUACGAGAGCUUGCGGAUGAAGAAUGAGCAGUUAUCUAUCCAGCUCGAGUACCUUCAAAACGAGAAACGCGGGCUGGAGGAUAUUCUGCCUUCUUUGUUGCGCGAGAGCCAGUCUGGGGUAGAAGAAGACCUUUCUCAAAAGCUGGAACGGUUUGUACGCGAGAUGGAUCGACAGGUCCAGAAAGCAAGUGAAAAGGCUGUCCAUCUGCAGGCAGCUUUGGACUCUAAGCUUGAAUCGGAACAACUACGAUCAAGUGAUGAACGGACCAAGCUUGAGAAAGAGAAUGCAAAGCUUCAGCGAGAAUUAGCAAAUUAUGCUGCCGAGUUGGAGAAACUAGAUGCAGAGCUUCUUGAACUUCAACGUGAACGUGAGAAGCAGAACCACAUUCAAGAUGAGAUGCAUCAAACGAUUGCGGCGCACGAGGCGGAAAAGUGGGCUCGAAGCAGCGCAUCGAAUGAGUUUGAGCAUCUCGAAGCUGCGCAUGAAGAGUUAAAGACAAUGCACGAUCGGACUAAGACGGAGUUAAUGGCCCAACUGAAAGAGAAAGAAAUCGAGGUGGCUGAUUUACGGGACGAUGUGACAGAGUUGCAGUCCAGGUUGGAUCAAGAAAAGGAAAUGUCACGACAUUUGAUGGAUCGCUCUCAUAAUGGAAAACAAGAACGCACACAAAUUGAAAAGGACCUGGAAAUUCAAAUGAAGGAGCUAGAAGUGACAGUGAAGUAUCUUCAGCACAAACUUCAAGUGAGGGAGCAGUCUGCCGGAGGUAACGAAUACCAGGCACGCGUGAAAGAACUAGAAGCGUCCGUGGAGCAUCUUCAGCAUGAACUAGAAGUAAGUGAAUCCACCGCAACCGAACAGCAAGCUCAAGUGAAGGAGCUUGAAGCGUUAGUGAAACAACUUCAAGAUAAACUUGAAGCAAGCGAGAAAAUUGCCGCAGGAAGCGAACACCAAGCACGCGUAAAGGAACUUGAAGACAAAGUUAAGCAUUUUCAACAAGAAAAACUCCGAGUAAGUGAGCAGCAGUCUGCUGAAAGCUAUGAACUACAGGCACGUGUGGACGAACUGGAAACACAAGUGAAACAGCUUCAACACGAGCUGCAAGUCAGCGAGCAGUCCAUCACAGGAAGAGAACAGCGCGUCAUGCACGAAAAAUUACAAAAAGAACGCGAGUAUCGAUCGAUGCAAGCGCGGUACGACAGUUUAGCCGUUGAAAAUGCUACCACUGUUACAAAGUUGGAUGCGAAAGUAACUGAAGUUGACCACUUACACCAAGAGAUUAAACAAUUACAGGAUGAGAUCGAACAACUACAGGAUGAGAUCGAACGAUUGCACGUGGAAAUUCGUGACAACACGACUGAGAUGGAUAACGCAAGAAGCCAUCUCCACGUAUCCGAAGAGCUUACGCUGAAGCUAGAAAACAUGCAAAAUGAGCUCACUGCACACGAGAAUGACGCUCAUGAGCACAAAUUUGCACUGGCUGCAAAGGAUAAAGAGCUGCAGCAUGCACGGGAAGACGUAGACGAACUGAAAUGUCAACUUCGGAAUGAACUGCAGAAGAAAGAAGAUGAAGUUGCUUCUUUGAAGCGACAGAAUCUGAAAUUUAGGGAGCAAUUGAAACAAAUUGCCCAAGCAAAGCUCGCUCCGAAGCGCUUGGAUAAUGCUCAUGAAACACCGAUGAGAGAAGAUAAGGAAUUUUACGAGCGACUGUUGCAGCGGGAGGAGGAACUAACAUCACAAAUUGCUCACCUCAAAGACGCCAAGUCUGCUAUGCUCAAUCAGUUCCGCCGCGAGAUGAGAAAACUGAACAUCGAGUGUAGUGCUCAAGGGUCACCCGCUGACGAAAACAACGCUGACGACAGUGAUUUCCACCGCGGCAUGAUGCAAGUCUCAGCACUUCUUCGUAGCUUUCAAGAUCGUGAAGCCCACCAGAACGCACUUAUUAGCCGCAAAGAGAAGCACAUUAACGAGCUGAAAAUGCAACUGCUCAAUGUGGAACAGCAGGAUAAAUCACUUCAUCAGCAGGUGGAAGCCAUGAGCAGGGAAGUUUCAAAGCUGAACUUGGAGCACAAAGAGUUACGUGAAAGCCCUAUAUCUGAUUCAAACGACAGCGCAAGUGAACUCUCGACGAUUGGUGAGUGGAAAGAAAAGUGCACGAAGCUCAAGCAUCGCAUGCGUGAACUAAAAGAAGUGAACACUAAACUCAAGGAGAUUCGUUUUUCCAAGAGUGACAUGAAGGCACUUGUGAAGAAAGUUGAAAAACUUACAAGUCAAGUGCUGGAUAAAGAUGUGCAGAUUCAAGCUCUUCGUAAUCGCGAGAUGUCAAAGUUUACAAAGAGCGGUGCUUCAACUGGAUCACGUCGUUCAAGAGAUUUGCUUGUUGUGUUGAAAGAAAAGGAGCAGAAGAUUAUGGUGCUCAAUGAUCACUUGACCGGUCUAAUGACGGAAAAUAUGCGGCUUCAACACAGCACAGAGCAGUAUGUCAUUCGAUACGGACCUUUGGACGGUGCAAUGAUGAAUGGUGUUAUUGGUAACUCAGGCAUUAGAGUGCCUUAUAGCAGCAAUCGACAAGAACCUGCUGUUAGGUCACAAUGA